AGUUUACUGCCGCUAAUAGCCGCUCCAUGACCGUGGCGCCAGCAGCGCAGCGUGGAAAAGUGAAAAAGUAUCCGCGUAUCCGUGCUCUGCUGGGAGUUCCGUCAACUCUGUGGCUCCGUGCUCCGUCGACUCGGCCGACUGACCGUAGUCGUCGGUCGUCGUACGUCCGUAUUCCCUCCGUUCGGGUUAGGGCAGCUACUUACUGCGGCCGUGCAGCUCCGUGGGACCUCCGUUCGUUCCGUGCGGUAGUGCCGGGAUCUGCGUGUUUGAUCGCAGUGCUGGUCCGGCAGCAUGGAUGCUGCGUGAGGAUCCUUCAGGGAGGCCGGUGGGACAUGGGGCCCGGCCAUGAGUGCGCCCCCGCCCUCGUCCGUAACGGGCCCCGAGGGGGCCUGCUGCGUGGGCAACCCCCGCUGGGCCAGCGCCCCCGCCGUCGCCGCAGCACUGCCCGCCCCGGCUGCCGUAACGCCCGUGGCACCCGCACCGGUCCGCUCAGGAGGACACGGCGACCAGAGGCUUGUGUCCGCGGCCAGGGACGGAGACUUUCGCAAGAUCCGGCGCCUCCUGCAGAAGCACCGGGUGAACGUGAAUGCCCGUGAUCCCUCGACGGGCAACACGGCCCUCAUGGUGGCGUCCCUGGUGCAAGACCCUGACGCCAUGAGCGAGUUGCUGCAGCACGGGGCGGACCCGACACUGCACAGCUACACGGGCCAGAACUGCCUGGACUCCCUGCCGGGGUCCCUGGUGCAACUGGUGCUGGGCUUCCCGGACUACCUACUGCGGGAGAGCGGGGACGAGCGGCGGCUGCUGCUGGCCGCCUGGAGCGGCCAGCGGGACCAGGUGCAGCAGCUGCUCUCCCAGCGGGGCUCUGGGGGCCUGGACGUGAACUGCACCAACGGGGAGGGCUCCACCCCCCUCGUCCUCGUCUGCCGGGACCUGGCCACCUUCCAGGAGCUGGCCGCGGCCGGCGUGCUGCGCUCCUACGACCCCCUGGGCGUCAUCAGGGUGCUGCUCGACCACGCCAUCCUCAUCCACCGGGACGUGAACCACCAGGACCGUCAGGGGAGGACGGCCCUGCACUACGCGUCCCACACGUGCUGCGAGCACACGGCCGCUGUGCUCUCCCUCCUGCUGCAGAACGGCGCCAAAGUCGACAUCAAGGACAAGCACGGCUUCUCUCCGCUGCACUUUGCGGGCCAGGCGGGCUCUGUGGACGCGGUGCAGCUACUGCUGGACGCGGGAGCUGACCCAAGUGCCACGGGCCUGGGCGCCAUUGCGCCCCUGCACCUGGCCGCGUCGGCAGGCAAGACGGCAGCGGUGCGGCUACUGCUGGAGCGGGGGGCGGACGUGCUCAGCUUCGCCCAAGACGGCAAGUCCCCGCUGUGCUGCGCAGGGAGCACCGACGUGUACAGCGUGCUGCGCAGGGCCGUCGAGAGCGCCCUCUGCGACCGGGCCGACCAGCUCCGGCUCAGCCCUCUCGACCAGGCGGCAGCUUGCCUCGCAGAGCGCCAGCAGCCAGGCCAGCCGGGACUCCCGUUGGCCGACCAGAGCUCCCCCGGGAGCUCGACGGCCCGGGAGGAGGGCUCAAGCAGUGGGGAGCCGAGCGAGCCGGAGGCCGGGCCCCCCGCCCCGUCCGCCUUCCGGCGCUACCGGGCCCCGGGCUGGCGCCAGAAGUCCCCCCAUGGGGGCUCCCACUUCGUGCGAGACCGCUGGGCCUGCCCCGAGGGCAGCCUGGACAGCUACCACCGGCACGGGACCAUGCCCUGCCACUCCUCUCUCGAGCCGGCCCCCGAAACGCCUUCCCGCCCAGAAACCGGGGAGAGGGCCCGGCCAGGGGGUGCUGAGGUUGCCGACUGCACCCCCGAGGCCGGCGCAGAGAGCCCCGCGCCCGAGGCAGACCGUGCCCGUGCAGUCGGGACGGGCCGGGACGCGUACGCCCGGGUGCGGCCCCGCAACGCGCCCGACUCGGAGUCCGGGGACGAGGAGCGGCGCCAGUCGCUGCGCAGGCGCCCCGUGGGGUCCCGGCGCAAGAAGCCCCACCACCACGCCAACAAGAGCUACCACCUGAGCCGGCUCAAGCUGCGCCCGGAGCCCGUCGCGGCCGACACGACGGCGGCGCCUCGGCAGGAAGCGGCGCCCGAAGAGGGCCCCCGGGUGCCCACCAGGGGCUCCCUGCCUGGCCGGGCCAACGGGCCCCGCCCGGGCGCCCCUUCGGCCCGGGGCCUGAUGAGCAAGCUGCUGCCCCCGUGGGUGACGCGGGACGACGCCUCCUCGCACCUCUCGUCGGCCUCCUGGGUGUACCUGCCCUCGCUGUCCCCCGAGGAGGGUGCUGAGGAGGGCCCCCGCCUGUCCCUGCCCCGGGCCCAAGAGGAGGAGCCGCCCCGCAAGGCCGAGCCCCGGCCUCCCGUGCCCCCGCUGCCCAAGAGCCUGCACGACAUCCCGGCAUUCCCGUCGGGGCCCCCUUUCCCCUGGGUCAAGGGCAAGCUCAUCGGCAAGGGCGCCUUCGGCCUGGUCUGGUGCGGCCUGCGCAAGCCCGGCGGGGAGCUGGUGGCCGUCAAGCAGUUCCAGCUCUCCGGGGCCGAGGUGCUCUCGGCCGUGCAGCUCGAGGUGGACAUCCUGCAGAGCCUCAAGCACCCCAACAUCGUGGGCUUUCUCGGCGUGCAGCAGCACGAGGGCGCCGUGAACCUCUUCCUCGAGCUCGUGUCUGGGGGCAGCCUGGCCGCCAACCUGGCGCAGUUCGGGCCCUUCCCAGAGUCCGUCGUGCGUCGCUACGGGCGCCAGUUGCUACAGGCCCUGGCCUACCUGCACCAGCGCAACGUCCUCCACAGAGACAUCAAGGGCAACAACGUGAUGGUGUGUCCGGGCAGCGGCACCAUCAAGCUGAUCGACUUUGGGUGCGCCACCUUCGAGCCGUCGUCGGCCGACUGCGAGGCCCUGGUGGCCAGCGCCCGGGGCACCCCGUACUGGAUGGCCCCCGAGGUCAUCUGCCAGCAAGAGUGCUCGCACCGGUCGGAUGUCUGGAGCGUGGGCUGCACCAUCAUCGAGAUGUUCCAGACAAAGCCCCCUUGGUACGAGCUCUCGCCUCUGGCUGCGGCCUUUGCCAUUGGCCAGGGCACCAGCGACCCCAAGUUCCCGGACCAGCUCGGAGCCGACGCCCGGGACUUCAUCCUCGCCUGCCUCAAAAGGAGCCCCUCUGAGCGCCCCACGGCCGAGGAGCUGCUGGGCCACCGCUUCCUGCAGACGGGGGCCAUCGAAGACCUCUAGCGGCUCCCCUAUUUAUUGCUAUUUAUUUCGCGACAGAUGUACAUAGCCCCCCGCUGCGUCCCACCCGGCCGCCGACGUGGGCCGCCUCUCGACGGACGCGCAAAAAACUAACUCACGUUGCCAAAUAAAAAGUCUAGUAUGCUAA